AUGAUUAGAUGCCAGGCAGCCGCUGAGGAGACAAGAAAGCUUCAGAGAGCUGGCACUCUUUCAGCAACCACAGCUACUGGAGUGAACUACUUCAAGAAGGGGGAGGAUCCUCCAUUGAAAGACGACAGCGAGUAUCCUGAUUGGCUCUGGAAUAUACAUGAGCCACCAGCAACAUUGUACGGCCUGCAGAAGAAGGCCGCUGGUCGAACCAACCUAGAGAGCGGGGAGCUGAGCGCAACGGAGGUGAAGAGGCUCAUCAAAUUGGAGACAAAUCGCACCAUAAAGGACAGGAACUUCGUCAAGGCCAAGCAGUAA